AUGAGCGAGGACCUGGAUCAGAGACCAAAAAAGCGUCAACGGUUUUUUACCGAGGAUUCUGCUGCUCUGUCCGAUUCGAAUACGGGGGCUAUCGACGCGUCCUUACCUCGCCACUGCCCCGGCUUAGAACACGCUCCGCAAGAUAGAAAUGGCGACAUCCCCCGGAUCCCUCCCCUCGCGGAAACCGAAACCAUUCGAGACGCUCCUUAUCAGCCUCAAAUAAGUCCAUCGACGACGGGGAGCAUAGACCCUGUCCUCUCGGGUGGCCCAGUCACGACUUCUCCCCAGAUUGGACCGGCCGAACCAGCAGUCCCGGAUACCCCAACCAGGCUUCCAACAUUGGAUGGUUUCGAUGUCGAACUGUUCACUGGUAUAAUUGGAGAGCAGCUCCCUCUGGAGUCUCUCAAAGCCAUUCAAGCUGCUUCGUCCAGCAAUGUCGAACGUGCUGUCAACAUUUACUUCGACGGGUCGUGGAAGAAACCGAUGAAAACCGCUGUCCGUGCGAAAUCAUCUCCCUUCCGAUGCAGUAUACCAGUAAAGCCCGAAGGAGCCUUUGGCGUGGGUGCUUGGGCAACGCGCAGUGGGCCGGCUAUAUUGAAACAUGGAGACACUGUCAAGAUUGAACGUGCCAGGUCACAGCCAGUAGCGAAACGCGGCCGGAACGGGAAGAUGUUCACCAACAACAAGAGCGACGUAUUAACGCGCUUCACAAACGUCGAGGGUCAAGAAAUCGGACGACUACCCCAUGAUAUCGCUGGCUGGGUCUCAACUUUGAUUGAUCAAAAGAUUUGCGAAUUUGAGGGUGUCUGCGUAUACAUCCCCGACAGGGUUCGCGUCAACGAUACCAUCUAUUUACAAUUGCGAUGCAUGUUCCGGCAAGAAGCUUUUCAACGCAGCACCUUCGUUGACUCGGUUGGUGAUGACAACAGAUCGAUGGGUUUGUUCGAGGAAAAGGAAAGCACAGAGGAGAAAAACCUCAGACUUCGACAGGUUGCCCUUGUUAAACUAUUCCAUGAGAUUGGCCUCCAGCCAACUUCAAUAAAUCCUACUACGGAAAAGCAUAAAAAAGACGGGCUUCUACGGGCCGCCGAGAUGGCCGAGCAAUAUGACGGCGUCAAAAAGGAGAAAACCAGAGCGGGCAAAGACUCGAACAAAGAUGCGAAUGACUCCUCCUCUGAAGACGAAGGCGCUGAGCUUGAAGAGGACCAGCUAGAUACACUCUAUCGCAAAGCACAAUCCUUUGACUUCAAUAUGCCCGAGACACAGCCACCUUCUAGCUUCACCAUGGACCUCCGCAAAUAUCAAAAGCAAGCUCUCUACUGGAUGCUGUCGAAAGAGAAAGACAAGAAGCAAGCUCGAGAACGCUCAAUGCAUCCGCUAUGGGAGGAGUACAAUUGGCCGACCAAGGAUGUCGACGACAGGGAUUUGCCAGUCUUUGAAGGGAUCGACCACUUCUACGUCAACCCUUACUCUGGUGACCUGAGCGUCGAUUUCCCUGCGCAGGAGCAACAUUGCCUGGGCGGUAUCCUGGCAGAUGAAAUGGGACUUGGAAAAACAAUCGAGAUGAUGAGUCUCAUCCAUUCUCACAAGACUGAACCCAGUCCAAACAUGUCGAAUGGAAUCAGCUCUGUCAAUGAUCUGGCCAGACUACCCAGCUCAACGAGUAUCGUUCCUGCGCCAUACACCACCUUGGUUGUUGCCCCGACGUCACUACUCUCACAGUGGGAGAGCGAGGCAUUGAAGGCAUCUGAACCUGGAACAAUGCGGACUCUCCUGUACUAUGGUGCGGACAAAGCAGUGAAUCUUCGGGAUAUCUGCUGUGAAGCAAGACACGCGACGGCGCCCAAUGUUAUCGUGACUAGCUACGGUGUCGUUCUAUCCGAGUUCCGUCAACUUGCUCAGUCAACUGUAAUGGCGAAUCAUAAUGGGUUGUUUUCCGUCGACUUCUUCCGCAUCAUCCUCGAUGAGGCACAUUUGAUCAAGAAUCGACGUUCCAAGUCCGCCAGGGCAUGUUACGAGCUGAAGGCGCAGCAUCGAUGGGUCCUCACGGGCACACCCAUUGUCAACCGACUCGAAGAUCUGUUCAGCUUGGUACGAUUCUUGAAAGUUGAACCAUGGAGUAACUUCUCUUUCUGGAAGACUUUCAUCACAGUGCCGUUUGAGUCGAAAGAGUUCGUGCGCGCUCUCAACGUUGUGCAGAGUGUUCUGGAGCCACUUGUCCUUCGAAGAACCAAAUCGAUGCAAACCCCAGAAGGCGAACCUCUGGUUCCUUUGCCAAAGAAAACGGUAACCAUCGAAGAAGUCGAGCUUUCUGAACAAGAGCGAGAAAUUUACGACUGCAUCUAUACACGGGCUAAGAGGACCUACAACGACAAUGUCGAAGCUGGCACUCUUCUCUCGUCGUACUCGACUAUCUUUGCCCAACUCCUGCGGCUUCGGCAGACAUGCUGCCAUCCAAUCCUCACACGAAAGAAAGAGAUUGUUGCGGAUGAAGAGAUUGCGGCGGCUGCUCUAGAUGCAGCCAAUGAAAUGAAGGACGACAUGGAUCUUCAAGACCUCAUCAAUCAAUUCACCACCUCAAACGAAAACGCGGAGACAGAAGACCGCUCUGUCAAAUUCACAGCUCAUGCUCUUCGGCAAAUUCAGACUGAAUCGAGUGGAGAAUGCCCGAUUUGCUGUGAAGAACCAAUGAUCGAUCCCGCAGUCACCGCAUGUUGGCACAGUGCCUGUAAGAAAUGCCUCGACGACUUUGUCCGGCACCAUAUCAACAAGGGUAAUCAGCCGCGAUGCUUUUCGUGCCGUGCCGAUAUAGAUGCCAAGGACAUAUUCGAAGUCGUCAAACACCCAUCAACACACGCUCUUCCCCAUGAGGGACCUGAAGAGUCGCCGACCAAUUCACAACCGGCACCACGUAUCUCUCUUCGUCGUAUCAACCCUCUAUCCCCAUCAGCACACACCUCCGCCAAGAUCCACGCGUUGAUCAACGGUCUUUCCCGCGUCCCACCAGGAACCAAAACAGUCGUCUUCUCUCAGUUCACCUCUUUCCUUGACCUCAUUGGCCCACAGCUAACCAAAGUGGGUAUAAACUACCUUCGUCUUGAUGGUACAAUGCAGCAAAAGGCGCGCGCCGCUGUGCUCACCGAAUUCACCAAGACCGAGGAGACGUAUGAUGACGACAUCAUCGACGAGGAAGACGAAAGACACACCAGAAAUGGCCCGUCCUCUUCCACGGUGCAUCAAUCACGACCUGCAGUGCUCCUCAUAUCCCUCCGCGCCGGCGGUGUGGGUCUUAACCUGACCACAGCGAGCAAUGUCUUCCUCAUGGACCCAUGGUGGAGUUUUGCCAUUGAAGCCCAAGCGAUCGACCGCGUCCACCGUAUGGGUCAAAUGCGCGACGUUCAAGUUACGAGAUUUGUUGUGAAAGAUUCCAUCGAGGGUCGGAUGCUCCGCAUUCAAGAGCGCAAGAUGAACAUUGCGGGUUCGCUCGGUUUGCGUGUUGGUGGCGAUGAAUCAGAAGAAGAUAAGAAGAAGGACAGAAUUGCGGAGUUGAAGUUGCUCUUUGAGUAA